CGGCAACCGCCGUCCAGACAAUGACCGACCUCCACGCGUGGCGGCAGGGCGGCUCAUUUCACGAUUUGCCCGCGCGUGCCGCUAGCUAGCCCAUUUGUAUGAUGACGAUCACCGCUGCCAACCGAAGCACUACAGCUGCGUCAAUCUCAUUCCCCCAUGAGCACAAGACAGUCACCGCUGGAAAAGCUAUUGAGGAAUUCCGAAACUACAAGGACAGCAACCGCCAAGCUAUGGUGCAGCGACACUAUCGACUCAUGCGUGAAAAUCAAACCAUGGAGUUCCAUGAGAAGAUGCAAUCCUUCUGGGGCAAGUUUGACCGCGUUCAAAUGACAGUGUGGGAAGCUUUCGAAUCGCUCAAGGGAUAUGUCGACUCGUCGGACCCGGACUCUUCUCUGCCCAACUUGGAGCACAUGCUCCAAACCGCGGAGGCGAUCCGAGCGGCCGGUCACCCGGAUUGGUUCCAGCUUGUUGGACUGCUCCACGACAUGGGGAAGAUCCAGUACAUGUGGGGCAAACCUGAAGAUGGACAGGAAGGGACUGCCGACGGUGACCAGUGGUCUCUUGGUGGCGACACGUGGGUCGUCGGGUGUGCCAUCCCCGACACGACCGUGUUUCCCGAAUUCAACGCGCUCAACCCGGACAUGCAGAACCCUGCAUACAACACCCCAUUCGGCAUCUACGAACCAAAAUGCGGAUUUGCAAACCUCAAAUUUGCGUGGGGCCACGACGAAUACAUGUACCAGAUGCUCGUGUUCAACGGCGCCACGAUUCCUGAAGAAGGGCUUGCCAUGAUCCGUUAUCAUUCGUGCUACCCAUGGCACAACAAGAAGGAAUACACGCAUCUGAUGGCGCCCGGCGAUGACGCGUUGUUGGAGUGGGUGCUCGAAUUCAACAAGUUUGACUUGUACACGAAGGCCGACAAACGCCCGGACGUGUCGGCACUUUGGCCUUACUACCAAGGACUCAUCGACAAAUACAUGCCUGGCAAGUUGUGGUGGUAGAUAAUCGCCGAGCAAAAAUGCCGCCAGUAUCUAAGCGAAUUCCUCAAUCGUUGUUUCUUGCUUACUCA